UUCGACCCGCAUUUUUUAAUGUUAGCCUUGCAAGGAGGCUGUGGGAGCCCUUGAUUCUCCGCGCCAGAUGAACGUCUCCUUGGGCACUUGGACGCCUUGACUCCGGAUUACUCGGGGGAGGAAAAAAAGUGUCUGAACAGAGCUUGAACGGAAAUAAAGUAGCCCAGGAGCCGGGGAUUCGAAUAAUUAGUAACCAUGACGACAGAGACGGGCCCAGAUUCAGAGGUGAAGAAUGCCCAAGAGGAAACUCCGCAGCAACAGCUGGAGGCAGCGGCUGGGGGGCCGAACGCAGUGUCCGGCAGCUCCAUGCCCACUGCAAACAACCAAGAAGCUGAGGCUAAUGAGAAGCCAGGAGCCCCUGGUGAAUCCAAACAUACAGAACGGGCUGUGGAUAUGGAUGAAAAGGACUACAGUGAAGCAGACGGGAUAUCUGAGAGAACUACCCCCAGUAAGACCCAGAAAUCCCCUCAGAAAGUCACGAAGAAGCUCAAGAGUGCCAUCUGCAGGGUGAUGUUGCUUGAUGGCUCCGAGUAUGAAUGUGAAGUGGAGAAACAUGCCCGGGGUCAAGUGCUCUUUGACCUGGUCUGCGAACACCUUAAUCUCUUGGAGAAGGACUAUUUUGGACUCACAUUCUGUGACUCUGACAGUCAAAAGAACUGGCUGGAUCCCUCCAAAGAAAUAAAGAAGCAGAUUCGCAGUGGGCCCUGGAACUUUGCUUUCACUGUCAAGUUUUACCCACCGGACCCUGCCCAGCUCACAGAGGACAUUACAAGAUAUUACCUGUGCCUGCAGCUUCGAGCAGACAUAAUCAGUGGUCGUCUGCCCUGCUCCUUCGUUACACAUGCACUGCUAGGCUCCUAUGCUGUGCAGGCUGAACUAGGAGACUUCGAUGCUGAGGAACAUGUGGGAAACUAUGUCGGUGAGCUUCGUUUUGCCCCAAACCAGACUAGGGAGCUUGAAGAGCGGAUAAUGGAGCUGCAUAAGACUUACCGGGGCAUGACGCCUGGUGAGGCAGAAAUUCAUUUCCUGGAGAAUGCAAAGAAGCUUUCUAUGUAUGGAGUUGACCUGCAUCAUGCCAAGGACUCGGAAGGCAUUGACAUCAUGCUGGGUGUUUGUGCCAAUGGCCUUCUCAUUUACAGGGACAGGCUGAGAAUAAACCGUUUUGCCUGGCCCAAGAUCCUCAAGAUUUCAUACAAAAGGAGUAACUUCUACAUCAAAAUUCGACCUGGUGAGUAUGAGCAGUUUGAGAGUACAAUUGGCUUCAAGCUGCCCAACCACCGUUCGGCCAAGAGACUUUGGAAGGUUUGCAUUGAGCAUCACACAUUCUUCAGGCUGGUGUCACCGGAGCCUCCUCCAAAGGGCUUCCUCGUGAUGGGUUCCAAGUUCCGCUACAGUGGGCGAACUCAGGCUCAAACACGACAGGCCAGUGCCCUGAUUGAUCGUCCUGCCCCAUACUUUGAGCGCUCCUCCAGCAAACGGUACACCAUGUCUCGCAGCCUCGAUGGAGAAUUCUCCCGCCCAGCUUCUGUCAGCGAAAAUCACAAUGGAAUGGAGUCAGAAAAGAGAGACGAAGACAGCAGGUAUGGCGGAAGAACGCGGUCCGAGGCUGAGGACGAAGAGGUGACUACCCCAACAAAAAUCAAGGAGCUAAAGUUUUUAGACAAACCGGAAGAUGUUUUGCUAAAGCACCAGGCCAGCAUCAAUGAGUUGAAGAGGACACUAAAGGAACCUAACAGCAAACUCGUGCACAGGGACCGGGAUAGGAGACUACCUUCCUCACCUGCCUCUUCCUCACCCAAACAUGAGGAUGAGACACCAAAGGGAACUCCAGAGAAAACCAAUGAGGUGUCAGAAGAGGAUUCUCCAGAGGAUCUAUCAUCUGAGCACGGAGCUGCCUUAAUCAUGGAAUCUUUUACACAGAAAAGCCUUGUUUCUUCUCCUGAGAGAGCGGGAUUGAGGGAGGGCACAGAGGAGAAAUCUAAGCCACCUCGGCACAGGGCUCCUGAAAGUGACACAGGGGAUGAGGAACAAGACCAGGAGAGAGACUCAGUCUUCCUGAAAGACAACCACUUGGCCAUCGAGCGCAAGUGCUCAAGUAUCACCGUCAGCUCAACUUCAAGCCUUGAGGCUGAGGUGGACUUCACAGUUAUUGGUGACUACCACAGUGCAGCCUUUGAAGACUUCUCACGGAGUUUGCCGGAGCUUGACAAGGAAAAGAGUGAAGGAGAAGCAGAGGGCCAAAUUUCUUCUGAGGAAUCCGACAAACCAGUUUCCAGGCAGGAAGAUGAUAUGAAGGAUGGUGAUAAGGUUCCCCAAGUAAUCCCAGAAGAGCCUUCAGUUGUGAAAACAGAAACUGUGAAAAAAGCAGAAGCAGAGGCCUCUGUGCAGCACAGAAUCAUUGCAACAGAAAUUACACAGGUUGAUGGUACCACCACAAGUGGAAAAGAAACAAUAACCACUUCACACAUUGUCAGCACAGAAACCAUAUCAACAACUUCAGAUCAUAGCACCAAGCCUGGAAAGGGCACAACAGAACUUCGUUCCAUUUCUCCAAUCACCAGCAGUGCUGUUGGGAAAGAAGCCUUCACCAGUCUUUUUGGUGCCACUGCAGAAACCCUCUCCACUUCUACAACUACUCAUGUUACCAAGACUGUGAAAGGGGGCUUUUCUGAAACCCGAAUAGAAAAGCGAAUCAUCAUAACAGGAGAUGAAGAUGUGGACCAAGACCAGGCUUUGGCUUUGGCAAUCAAGGAGGCAAAACUGCAGCACCCUGACAUGCUGGUAACCAAAGCUGUAGUAUAUAGAGAAACAGACCCAUCUCCAGAGGAAAGGGACAAGAAGCCCCAGGAAUCUUGACCUUCGUGCUUUUAGAUGUUGGCAUCUGUAUUUUAACUAUGAAGUAAAGAAGGGGCCUUUAUGCUGGAUUCCUCAAUAAGACAUAGAACGUCCUGGCUGCAAGAAUAAUGUUAAGAGACAAAAAAAAUAAAAAAUAAAAAGGAAUAGCAAAUAUAUUAUAUAUUAUAUAUACAGGAAACAAAAUGCAUCCUUGCACUGCUGCUAUAUGCUGGAGAUGAAUUACAAACAGCAACAUCAGCAACAAACAAAACCAACCACUUCUUCAGAUAAAAAUGAAGAAUUGACUUGACUGAUCUAAAAGAAAAAAUCAUGAUGGUAAUAAUAUUAUUAACAAUACAAUAAACCACCAUUCUGCAUGUUACAUUUAAAGGAUACAUAACUCAUUUGUUGCACACUGAAUGGAAAAGCAAAAAAUGCUUUGCAACAAAGCAAGAAAUCAACAAGCAAAACAAGCAGAAAUACAACAUGAUUCCCUACAUAGGAAAGAAUCAAAAAUCAUUCACUUGUAUAAUUCUUGUUUAAUUAUUUUCUGAUUUGGGAUGUGUGGUGAUCAUGCUUUCUCUUCACUCCAUGCUACUUCUGUUGCGUCAUCUUUUCCCAACCCCUGUCCUUUUUUUAACCUGCCCUCCUUAUAUCCAGUCCCCUUGUUCUGCUGAAGAUAAUUAAGACUGGAUUUCACAUAAAACAAAAUGACAUGUAUAUGAUUUUUCAUUGAUCAAAGUACAGCCUGUAGAGGUUUCAUAUGGAUGUGCUUUUAAGUUAUGUAUAUUAUAUAUAACUGGGAGGGUGGGGAAUGAUAUUAAAACAAAUUAAACAAUGCUGAUAAGUAUGACAAUGACAUUUUUACAUUAUAAUUAUUUGUUUGACCAUACUUAAUGUAUUACAAGACUCUUAGAUCAUACCAAUAGCCCAUGAAAACAGAGUAGGUAAACAAUCACUAAUUCUCUCUGGGGCUGGUAUUUGUCACUAAGUUGGCCGGUGCUCUUUCAAGAGAAACUGCUGGUAUAGUGACACAAUAGUGUUUGUAAUUGGUUGGUUGGUUGGUUGGUUGGUGAAAAGGAAGCAUUCAGCAACAUGGGAAGGGAAUAAUGGAAGGUAGAAUGGAUCAGUGUUACUGCAGCACAGUUAGUUAUUAAAACAAGCCAGUCCACAAUCUCUCCCUCAUUCACUAGGCUCAAGAAUUGGAGGUCAGCUGGGGACAUGAGGUCAGGUUGCUUCAUCAUGUACAGCCUUUCAUAUCUAGAAGUCUUUGAUCUCUCAGACCUAGAUGUCUAGCUGGAGGGAAGCUAUUAUGACCUAUGUUCUUCAAAAAGGCAACUUUUUCAUUCCAAACUAGUGCCCCCUCCCCAAACCUACUGACCACAAUAUGCCACCUUUAGUUCCAUGUAUUAAAAGGGCAUGAGAGCUCUUCAGAGAAAAUGUCCUGGCUGAGCAAGGAGGCAUCCCUAUCCUGCUCCCUGCACAGUCCAUAAUUCUAUUUUGCCAGGUUGACACUAGAUUCUGCAGAGAGUAUCCAGUAGGUGGAGAACAUGGAUGAAAUAAUACUGCUUCCUUCCAAGUAAAAUCCAUUCCCACACAUGCACAGACUAGGGUCAGGGCUUACUAACAGACAAUUGACAUAUGGUUUCUUGAAAGUACAUCCAUCCAAAUGACAAUAAGUUGUAAAGCUUGAGAGGGCAGACCAAUGAAAAGAUGAAGCCAGAUACUGCUCAGACAUGAGGAAGGCAUUGAAUCAAACUGUUCUGCUACCGAAAACCUGGGACUUCAAUGUGUUACUUAACUGUUUUUCAUUAAUUCCUUUCAUCCAUUUUAUGAAAGGAAGAAUUAGAGCAAACACAAAAUGUAAG